AAAGUAGCUCUAAUUUCCAGGGUAGCGCCACGUUUAAACUGAAAAAAAAAAAGAGAGUCAAUAUCAGCCAGAAAAGAUCGUCCGAUACAGCGCAAAUUACCCCUCCAAACGGUCGCUACAACCCCGCUAAAGCCACAGCGCCAAACCUCUCGCGUGCCCGCCGAAAAUCGGUCCCAGUGCUAAAAGUCUCGACCCAAGGUUCCUUAUCGGCCGCCCGAAAGCGUCAUAAGAUAUCCAACAGCCAGAAAAAAAAAGUUUCCCAUCCCACAAGCAAAAUAUUCGGCGGAACCUCUCUCUUGGUCUUCCCAUCUUCCCUUUCUUCUUGUGCUUGUGCGAAGGGGUCUUGAUUUGUUCUCUCUCUGUUUAUUUUCUGUAUACCCUUGGUAUUGUGUAAUUUUCUUAUCCUCUUUUUUACAAACCUUCUUUACAAAAUGUCACCACCGGCCUCUGGAUCGUCGAAGGAGUCAAACCUGGCUCGCCUGCUCGGCUCAGGCUCCGCUGGUAUUUCCGAGCUGGCGAUUUUCCACCCCGUGGAUACGAUCGCGAAGCGAUUGAUGAGCAACCAAACCCGAGUUGCCUCCGCCAGCCAAUUGAACCAGGUCAUCUUCAAGGACAAGGCCUCGGCUCCCUUUGGACGAAAGUUUGUGUCGCUGUUCCCGGGUCUGGGCUAUGCCGCCGGCUACAAGGUUCUGCAGAGAAUAUACAAGUACGGUGGCCAGCCCGUUGCGCGCGACUUCUUGGGCAAGCACUACGGCAAGGACUUUGAGAAUGCCUUUGGCAAGAAGACCGGCAAGGCCAUCAUGCACUCGACUGCUGGCAGCUUGAUCGGUAUCGGAGAAAUCGUCCUGCUGCCCCUCGAUGUGCUCAAGAUCAAGCGCCAGACGAACCCCGAGGCUUUCCGUGGCCGUGGCGUCCUUAAGAUUGUCGCCGACGAGGGUUUCGGCCUGUACCGAGGCUGGGGAUGGACUGCUGCUCGUAACGCUCCCGGAUCUUUCGCUCUCUUCGGAGGCUCUGCUUUCGCCAAGGAGUACCUGUUCCACCUUGAGGACUACAACAAGGCCAGCUGGUUCCAGAACUUUGUCGCUUCCAUUGCUGGUGCUUCGGCCUCGCUCGUCGUCUCUGCUCCCCUCGAUGUCAUCAAGACCCGAAUCCAGAACCGCAACUUUGACAACCCCGAGAGCGGCUUCCGAAUCCUGACCAACAUGGCUAAGAAUGAGGGUCUGCCCAGUUUCUUCAAGGGCCUUGUUCCCAAGCUGCUCAUGACUGGACCCAAGCUGGUCUUCUCUUUCUGGCUUGCCCAGACUUUGAUCCCUGCUUUCGACACCAUGUUCGCCAAGCAGCAGCCUACCCCCGCAUAAACCAACACAACCUGUACAACCUACAAAUGAUAAAUGAAAAAGGAAAAUAAUUCUCCAUUUGAAAUACAAAAAGAGAGAAAGACAGAGGGGAAAAUUAAAAAAGAAAGAGACAGAGAAUACUGGGCUACGGCGUCUUUCUUUGGAGAGUGUUUACAGGCGCCGUUGGGCUCGGGAUGUUCUUGGCCGCCAUGGAUGGCAUGUAUAGAACGACUCUGCUCUGUGUAGAAUUAGAUAGUUAGCGAUCAAACCAUGAAUAAGACGUAUUCUUACAAUACAAAACUAC